UUUAGCACCAAAAUAUCACAAUGCAUUGAAAGCAUUGACUACAAAAAUGUGUUGGAUAAUCCAGAACGUUGGAUAAGUGAGACUCUACUGUACUUGAAAACACAAGCUCUUACAACACUUCUCUCUUCUUAUAAUUUCAAUUGUUUUGUCUUAUUUCUCUUUGAAUUUUCUGGAGUAAGUUAUUUAAAGCAUGGUUUGGGAAAUUCUUUUAAAGGAAUACUUCACCAGAUCUUACAAAAUCUGGAAUAGUUCCACCUAGCAAAUUAUAUGAUUCAGGUUUGUGUCUUUACUUGGAGUUUUGUUUAGACUGUAGAAAGUACAAACAUAGUAACCAUGCUAGCUGAUCUUAUUACAGUUAUUGAGCCUGGGAGCAGCACACAGGGCUGGGCGUAGUGAUUUUGCAAUGAGAAAGCCCUUAGGAAAGUCUCAGUGUUGUUGAAGCAACAUCUUAGUAACCAUACUGAGUGUACAAGCCAACAAGCAUGAGAAGGAGAGGGACUGAGGAAGAGAUGUUUCCCCCUUUCCUUGCAAUAAUAGUCUGACGGAGAGAAACUCAAUGGAAAUUUUUGAUAAAAAUGCUGCAGAAAAGAAGAGACUGCACAUAUCACAUGUAAUUUUAUUUGUUGUUUGAUCAGUCUAUUGCCUUGGGAGUUUGUGACAAUGACGGACUCUGACGUGGCUGAUCACUUGGCACAGCUAAAAAUCAAACUUCUUAAAAAGAAACUAGAAAAUGAAUUUGAAAACUUGGAUGAGUUUGAAUCUCCUUUAUCUGCAACACGGAACAAUGGUGGCUAUAGUCAUACUUUACAGAGUGCAAUGAAACGAAGAAAAGAUCUUCUGCAGAAACUCAGGGAGCAAAAUCUUUUGGAUGAAUUUUCACUCCCACACGGUUUGCCAAGAGUCCAAAGAAUGCCGAUCAGACCAGAACAUAUCUACCAAACCCCUCCUCCUCCCCUUCCCCUUCCUCUUCCUCCCCCACCUCCUCUUCCUCCUGCUGUACCUGAACAACCAAGAAUUAUCCAGCAGACAUUGCCUCAUCAACCAGCGACUAUUAUUCAACAAAUACCUCAGCAACCACCACUCAUUACUCAGAUUCCGCCUCCACAGCCUUUUCCAGCCCCUCGCUCCGGGAGUAUUAAAGAAGAUAUGGUGGAGAUGAUGCUAAUGCAAAAUGCACAGAUGCACCAGAUCAUUAUGCAGAAUAUGAUGCUGAAAUCCCUACCUCCACCUGUGUAUUCACCAGCUAAUGGGCAUGGAGGUCCUGUACUUCAACCUGGGCAGCCGCUUGCUGCCCCUGUUUUGGUAAGAGCAGAGAAGCCACGGCCAUCAACUGUACAUCAUCAUCACUACUCUACUCCUGGGAUAGCAGCUAUUCCAUCUCAGGCUGGCUUUUCCAUGUGGCCUCCGGUCAUGCAACCUGGCUUUGGUACCCAACUAGGAGGAUUCUCAUCUGAUGUCCAUACUUUUCCCAUUCCAAUUAAUACUAUACAAAGCAUGCCAGCCCAUGGAAUGCUUGGAUUACCCCAAGGUUUGUAGACUUCCACAGCAUCAGAUAAGCAAAGGUGGCCAACAAAGGGACACCAAUUACAUGGCUGAAUUAUGACUGGAAUGUCCUCAUCUGAUAUUUCAUUUCACAACAGUGAUAACCGAUAGUUUCAUCCUUUACAUAUUUACUUGGAUGUAAUCCUACUUAAUUCAAUGGAACUUAGAUCACACAUAAAUUGCAUAAGAUUGCAGCCAGUCUAGACAUUAGUUACAACGAAGGAUGAAACUGCUGUUAUGCCAGCACAGUAUGUGUUCAUGUGCACUCCCUGUACAGAUACAGAGAAGAGACAUUAGUCAGUCUUUCUUAUCCACGGGUUCAACAAUCUAUGGUUGAAAAUAUUUUUUAAAUUUUUUUUGAAAAGCAAAUAAUUGUGUAUAAAGGGAUUUGAGCAUUCAUGGAUUGUGGGGGCCACAGGGCUCAUAGGACCCAAUUCCUGUUGCCCAGUGUGCUUUAACUCCCAAUCUGAUCCAAUGAAAUAAGCAGGAGUUGAAGGCAGGAACAGAAAUCUAUUUAUUCAGCUCUUUUCAGAUGGACAUUGGAGGCAAACAGUUCCCAAAUCCUGCAUGCUCUAAAGGUACAAGCAUGGCCAUUGUAUAGAAAAGCAUACACAUUGGGUAACAUGACAAACAGAGGUGACUGUUAAACUUCUAGGAUCCGCGGCAUCAUUGGGUGAAGGGGUUUGUUCAUCCCUGGCUACUGAUUGGCCAAAGAUUUAAAGGCCUGUGAAUCUCAGCUGUGGAUUAGCCAAGUAGUCUGAUGGGAAUUUUAAUAAACUAUUACCGGAUGUAUUUGAAGCUAUCUGCUGUCUAUUUGUGUCCACCCUCUGGAGACUGGGAAAGAAUGUGGACUGGGUUCAGGUACAAAAACAAACCUUUUUGCACCUGCAACUUUUUACUCCUUUCUGUACUGAAUGCUGCAGGGUGCUGGCAGAUAGAAUAAACCUAUAGUUAUAAGUUGCAA